UGUUUAAGUAUUUUUAGCAUGGGUGCCUCUCUGACUCGUAAAGUUCUUAGAUAUUCAUUUAGAUGAAUGCAGAGUGCCUGUGAUUGUUAUUUUUCAGUGGCACACGAAUCGGGAUGAGAUCCGACGUCGUCUAGCCCUAGGAGAAGAGAGCCCCUCUUUACGAGCUCAUCGUAAGGCCCUGGGAUCUCGAGUUCGGAGUGGGAAGAACCUUCAGAUCUGCUUUGUGAAUGAAACUGCCUCUGAUGACAGUGACUUUGAGGAAAAGGGCCACCAUAAUUCUUCACCUAGUCAGAAACCCAGUGAAACACAGAAGCUGUUACCAUCUGGAUCUCAAGCAUCAUCUGCCAACCAUGAAAAGCCAAGAGAGUUGUCUAUCCGAGAGGCACUGAAAGAGGAGGGGGUAGAGCACCUGCAAUUGAGACUGCAGCAGGAAGCAAGGGAGGCAUUGGCACAGGCAGGUCACAUGGCUCGUAUGCAAGUGGAAUUGGAGCGGCAGAGGAGGAAGCUUCAACCCAUCUCGUCUCUGAUUCCUGUUCCGGACGAAUGUCGAGGAGUCAGGCGCCUCACAAGACGCAUCCUUACACCCAUGAAUGUGGCCCAGCUCCAGGUCAUCGUUAAUGACUUUCACACUCAAAUUGAAAGUCAGUAU